GAGGCUACUUAGUUGCUAUUGCGUUUGUUUUUCAGACAUUUUUCGUGAAUGUUUCGAGUGAACUUGAAUAUAGCAAAGUAAUGGCCAAAAUUGAAGAACUCGAACGUAAAGAUGCGCAGAAGACUUUAACGAUAGGAAAACUACAAGAUUCGCUUGAAACACAAACAAAAGACAACGUUCUUCAGAGUCGUAUGAUUGCUGAACUAAAUCGGAAAGUUGUCAUGUGCAACGUGAACGCCGGACCUCAAGAGGCAACCGUUGAUACAAACGUAUCUACAAGAAGUGCGAACAAGCGGCUAAGCGAAAACACAAGACGGCAACGCUUUGUUGUCGAUGUAGAGCAGCCAGUGGCAUUCCAUGCUGUAGUGGACAAGCAAGAAAUCCAGCACAUCACUGUAGGGCAACCAAUCGUCUUUGAGACCGUACUGCUCAACAGCGGUGGGGCUUAUCACAAUAGCCAUGGUCUUUUCAUUGCCCCAAUGCAUGGAAUAUACAUGUUCUCGGCAUCCAUCCUAAGUGACUACGUGCCAAAGGUCCACAUCGAGAGCGCCAUAGUGAAGAACGGUGCAAUUCUGACCAGAAUCCACGCUUAUUCGGCCGAUGGAAUGCGCGACCAAGGAUCGGCGACGAUUAUGACGGAACUACAGACAGGCGAGGAAGUAUGGGUCCAACAAACUUUCCCCGACGAUGAUGCGCUGUUUGGGAAUAGGUGGACGUCCUUUUCUGGGGCUUUAAUUGCGAUGAUGUAGAAGUGUGUACGAUUGAU